GUUAGUUCCGAGUCCGGUAGCUUUCAGGAUACUAAGAGCAGCGAUCUGAUAAGCUGUAACUAUGGCGCCCAGAGAAAAUGUCAGUCUGCUCUUCAAGUUGUACUGUUUGCUGGUUAUGACUUUGGUUGCAGCAGCAUACACUGUACUGCUGCGUUAUACAAGGACAGUACAAACGGAUAUGUACUUUUCAACCACUGCAGUCUGUAUCACUGAAGUUAUAAAAUUGGUUCUAAGUGUAUGUAUUUUGGCAAAAGAAACAGGAAGUCUAAGUAGAUUGGUGACCUCUUUAAAGGAGAAUGUAUUGGGAAGCCCAGUGGAGAUGAUUAAACUUAGUGUGCCCUCUCUUGUGUAUGCUCUGCAAAAUAAUAUGGCUUUUCUGGCCUUGAGUAAUCUGGAUGCAGCAGUUUACCAGGUAACAUAUCAGCUGAAAAUUCCAUGUACAGCCUUAUGCACUGUGCUGAUGCUCCAUCGCUCACUCAGCAAACUGCAGUGGUUCUCGGUGUUCAUGUUGUGUGGAGGGGUGACACUGGUCCAGUAUAAUCCGGGAGAGACCGCUAAAGUACAAAUUGAACAGAAUCAUUUGUUGGGCUUUAGUGCUGUGGCUGUGGCUGUAUUAUGCUCUGGAUUUGCUGGAGUCUACUUUGAAAAGGUUUUGAAGAGCUCUGAAACAUCUUUGUGGGUGAGAAACAUUCAGAUGUACAUAUCUGGUAUCGCUGUGACAUUAGCCGGAGUCUACAUGUCAGAUGGUGCACAAGUCAUUGAAAAGGGAUUUUUCUAUGGUUACAAUUAUUUGGUGUGGGUUGUAGUUUUGCUCGCUAGUGCUGGAGGUCUCUAUACAUCUGUGGUUGUAAAAUACACUGAUAAUAUCAUGAAAGGGUUCUCUGCAGCCGCAGCAAUUGUUAUUUCAACUAUUGCAUCCGUGAUUCUCUUUGAAUUACAUAUAACAUUAACAUUCUCUGUCGGUGCGCUCCUUGUGUGUGUGUCAAUAUACGUAUACGGAUUACCCAAGAAAGACACUACCAAGAUAGAAACAAGCGAACCUGCAAAAAGUUUAAAUGAAAAACUUAUAAGUGUGUGAUUUUCAUCCAACAAAUGACCACUUGGAGAAAUCAAAAGAAACACUUUUGCCUCAACAUAAGGACCAUUAAAGGGCCGUUAGACUGGAACUGGGAAGCAAGUUUACAGUUGAGAUCUAAAUAUGCAGUAUGGUUACAUCAUUUGGUGAUCAACAAUGUAAAUAGUGUAUUUUAAUAUUUGUGUUCAAAAUGCAUUUUUUGUAACCAAGAACUGGCUGAUAGAGACGUUUUAGAUAUGGAAAAAAAUACUUUGUCAAAGUAAAGUUCAAGAAUUUUUAAAGAAGAGUUAAGAGAAACCAUGAGGUGAAGACAAACAUUUUUCUAUAUCUCGUUAGUCACAGAUUCUCCAUCCUUAAGGCAAGAAAUUGGCAAACGGAAGCAAUUAAGUUAUUGAAGAUUUGACGUCUAACGCAAAAAUAAGGAUCUGAGAAUCUAUACUUAGGUUAAGCAAAUUCAACCAUACUUUGACUUCCUGAACUUAAAACUUAUACCAUAUACAGUGAAAUAUACUGUUUUUUAUAAUUAAAACAAAUGAAAAAACAAACUUCAGGGUCGCCAAUACAAUUUUGCACUUAUUGUAAAUAUUUUAAUAUUUUUAUUUGAUUGGUAAAAACAAAUGAAGUUGGGUAUUUUAAAACAUAUAUGCAUGUUAUCUGUUAACAUUUAAUUGACAUAGCAAGACCCUUGUUUAAUGAAAUAGCCACUCAGAUCAAGUGAUUGUAAAAACUGCAAAUAACGCCAGAAAUAGAGAUUUAGGUGUGGGUAAUGAUUCUUGGUUGUCAGACAUAAACAAAUUAUUGUUUUUAUUGUGGUUACAAUGGGUUGUUUCUAGUAUUUAAUUUAGUACAGGAAAACAUAGUAUUCUGUAUCAAUAUUCUGUGCAUAUCAUUUAUAUUCUUUAUCCAUGAGAAUGUUAUGACCUACACAAACACAAUUGUGUGGAAGAUAUUCAUUGACAUAAUAAUAAAUUGUGGUAUUCAAUUCAGGGACAGAAAUACGUUUGUCUGGACUUUGUUACAGAAGCAUUUAAUUUAGGGCUUUACAAAUCCUGGGAGACAGGGCUGUUUUAAUUUCUGGCUCCCAGAUUUUUGUAUUGUAUUACAUUUUCUCAUGUUCUAGUGUGGUUUCACAUGAAAUACUAAAGUGAAUUAAAAAUGUAUUUCGCAAUAACA